ACGAAGCUAUGAGCAAAGUGGGAUCCUCGCUAUACAGUCGCCUCCAUGGAAUCUUUAAACAAUCUCCGAUCAACACCGUUAAGCCCGCAAAAACAAUAAGCCAAACCAAAUCCAAAAAGUUCGUUAGUAAAUCGAAGGAAUCCAAAGCUUCUUCUGCUUCCGCCGUAGUGAAGUCCUCGAACGACGCCAAGGGAACGAAAGAUACGAAAUUGACGAAGAAAGUAGAGAAGUUCAAGAGAAGCUGCGAGUCGGAGAGUUUCCGGCAAGUGCAUGGACUCUACAGUGCGUUUAUCCGCCGUCUCAGGGAGGCGAAGAAAUUCUCAGUGAUCGACGAGGUUCUCCAGCACCAGAAGAAGUUCGAAGACAUAAAGUCAGAAGAUUUCGUUAUCCGUAUGAUGCUUCUUUACGGGUACUCAGGAAUGGCGGAGCAUGCGCACAAGCUGUUCGAUGAAAUGCCUGAGCUAAACUGUGAACGAACCAACAAGUCUUUCAAUGCGCUCCUCUCGGCUUAUGUUAAUUCGAGGAAGGUUGAUGAGGCCAUGAAGGCGUUCAAGGAGUUGCCAGAGAAGCUAGGUAUUACUCCAGAUCUUGUCACUUAUAAUACCAUGAUCAAGGCACUUUGCCUUAAAGGCUCGAUGGAUGAUAUAGUAUCCAUCUUCGAGGAGCUAGAGAAGAACGGGCUUGAGCCUGACCUGAUCACUUUCAACACGCUUUUAGAAGAGUUUUAUAGGAGGGAUUUGCUUGCUGAAGGAGAUAGGAUUUGGGAUCUGAUGAAAUCCAAGAAUCUUGUUCCUAACAUCAGGAGUUAUAACUCAAGAGUGAGAGGUCUGACUCGGAACAAGAAGUUCACCGAUGCAAUUGACCUCAUUGAUGUUAUGAAAUCCGAGGGGAUCUCUCCAGAUGUUCAUACAUACAAUGCUUUCAUCACGAGUCACCGUGGUGAUAACAACCUCGAGGAGGCUUUGAAAUGGUACAGUGAGAUGAAGGAGAAAGGUCUGACUCCUGAUUCUGUGACUUACUGUAUGUUGAUCCCUCUCAUCUGCAAGAAAGGUGAUCUUGAUACAACGGUUGAGAUAUCUGAAGAAGCCAUAAGACACAAGGUCCUGUCUCGCCCAAACAUGUUCAAACCCGUGAUCACGCGUUUGAUAAGUGAAGGCAAGAUUGAUGAAGCAACGCAGCUAGUGAAGGAUGGGAAGUUACAGAGUUACUUUCGCCAUCUACCAGAGUUGUCCACUGGUGAGAAGAAGACCUCUUCCAGUCCGGUCGAAGCCUGCUUGUUGGACGAUGAAGAGAGUGCUUGAUCAGUGUUUAGCAACUGUGUAAACGAAUGCGUCAUAUUGGUGGUGACCUCCUAUUUUGUUAUCACUCGUUUAGAUUUUUAAACCAGUGGCUCCACUUGCAAGGAAACAUGGUUAUAUUGGUCUCUCUUGUGAUUUUUUUGUUUCCAAUUUAUUUAUAAUUAUGGAAUUUCGCUUUCUGAUUUAGUUGUAACAACAGAUUUUAUAUCUUGAAUAAAGUUUCUUUCAUAUU